AUUCCCACUGAAUUCAUGUACAUCAUGAAAUGUUCCAAUGGAGGUGAAUUCUCACAAGGCCAUCUCACUCCCUAUCGAAACAUUGAGCUCAGCCCAUCUGCUGGAGUCUUGAAUUAUGGACAGGGUUUAUUCGAAGGUCUUAAGGCGUACAGGACAGAAGAUGAUCGAUUUCUGCUCUUUAGGCCUGAAGAGAAUGCUUUAAGAAUGCAGAUGGGGGCAGAGAGAAUGUUAAUGCCAUCACCAUCUACUCAACAAUUCCUGGAUGCUGUGAAGCAAACAGUCCUUGCCAAUAAGCGUUGGAUACCACCUCCAGGGAAAGGAACGCUGUAUGUUAGGCCGUUGCUCAUUGGAAGCGGACCUGUUCUUGGCGUGGCACCGGCAGCAGAAUACACAUUCCUCGUAUUUGCUGCUCCAGUCGGUAUUUAUCACAAGGGCCCAAAAGGCCUGAACUUAUAUGUCGAGGAUCAACUGCAUAGAGCUACUCCUGGUGGAACUGGAGGUGUCAAGUCCAUCACCAACUAUUCGCCGGCUUACCUAGCACAACAACAAGCAAGGGCCAAGGGGUUUUCUGAUGUCCUAUUCCUGGAUUCUGUGACCGGAAAAUACAUAGAGGAGCUGACAGCAUGUAAUAUUUUCGUUCUGAAGGGUAAUGUUCUUGCAACUCCAGCAGUUCAUGGAACUAUUCUUCCUGGAAUCACUCGUAAAAGCAUCAUCACCAUCGCCCUCGAUUUUGGAUACCAGGUCGAGGAACGUGUAAUUCCGGUGGAGGAUUUGCUUGAAGCUGACGAAGCUUUCUGCACAGGAACUGCUGUUGUUGUCACCCCAGUUGGUGCUGCAACUUAUCAAGGCAAAAGGGUUGAGUACAACACAGGAAAAGGAACACUCCUUCACAAACUGCGUGAAACCCUAACAGGAAUCCAAACAGGGCGUCUGGAAGACAAGAAGGGAUGGACCAUGGAGAUCAAUUGAGUUUUCUCCUCCGUCUAUAGAUCGAACGUUCCAAAUCCGAAUAGUUAAUCUGCUCUUCUUUUCAUUUUUUUUCUUGGUUCAACCUUGUUGAAUAAUUUGAUGGUGUAAACAGAACUAAACCUUGCUCAUCCUGCCCCUAUUUUAAUAAAAUUCCGGAAA